AUGCUGAUGAAGGAGCUGCAUCGACGUUAUCACCAAGAGACUGGUAUCGUCUUUACCUCCCUCUACCCCGGCUGCAUCGCAGAGACUGGCCUCUUCCGAGAGCAUUACCCCCUCUUCCAGAGCCUCUUCCCGGCUUUCCACAAGACCGUGACCAAGGCCUAUGUGAGCCAGGAAGAGGCGGGUAAGCGUUUGGCUGCCUGUGUGGCAGAUGAGCGCUACGCCACCUCUGGAUCGUAUUACAGCUGGGGUGGAGAGGCCGGCACUGGAGGCAGCGGCGGCAAGGACGCCGUGGAGAACAGAGAGAAGGACCUCGAUUGGUUCAUGAACUAUGGCAGCUUCCGCACUCUUUCCGUGGACGAGAUCGGAGGCGAAGCGGCCGACAACGCCCGCUGCCGCAAGCUCUGGGAGCUCAGUGAAAGGCUGCUUGGCGGGAGUCCUUUUAAGAAGGCGGAUAUAAGGGGAUUUAAGAAGGCGGAUAUAAGGGGAUUUAGGGUUGUGGUUUGA